UCGUCGUUUCCGUACCAAAGUCUGGCGGUUUCUUUGACCGAAGCAUAGCUACGAUGGAAAUAGCAGGUGCGGACGGAACCAAAGUGGAAAUCAAUCGGGGAGAAACACUGGAGCUCGGAAGAGGGCACGGCUUCAAUUCUUCUGACAAGACCAUCUCUCGGCGCCAAGUUUCGUUCUUCAUCCCCAAAAUUGAUGGAAAUCGAGAGGUCCGCGCUCAGUUUGAAGUUCUGGGUAGAAACCCUAUCUACGUGAGCAGGAACAAUGGAGUCGAGAUACUCCGGAGGUUCGAAAGAGGUGAAAUGGAGAGUGGAAAUAUGUUUUGCGUUUCGGCGAAGGAUCCAGUUUGGUAUACGUUGAGAGGAAUUAGGGAUUGCGGCGCAAGUGUUCGACGAAAUGACUUGGAGCGUGAAGUGCCUGUGAAUUUGGACAGCGGAGAGGUUGAAGAUUUCCAGCUAGAGGAUGUUGAUAUCUCCGAUAUUGAUCCUGUAAAAGAAUUUGGAUUCUUUGUGAUAGGGCAUGAGUUGGAUUUGUACCCCAAGAUAUUGAUUCGCGAUGUGAAGAAAUGGGAUUGGUUUCUUGACGAAGGAAGAGGCAAUGAGGAUGACGAUGAGAAUGGAGGAAAGAAAGGUAGAAAGAAGAGGAAGAAAGGAGCAGAGGUCGAUGAUGAGGAUUGGACCAGCGAAUGCGACGAAGACAGUGUGUUAGUUAAUAAACCUAAGAUCCCGCAAAAGCCAAAGUAUGCAAUGAGGUCCAAGGAUCGUGGUAAAGCGAGUAAAGCCUCCGAUAAAGGAAAGAAAAUUGGGGAUGUGGAUGAUGAAGUUGAUGAUGAGGAUGAAGAUGAUGAAACGUUGGGGGGCUUCAUUGUGGAUGAUGAAAACUUGGACGAUGAUAAAGAGAUCGGUGAAGAAGAAGACGAAGAAGAAGAAGAGUUUGUCGAUGAAGAUGAUGAGUGAAGGUAGACAGCAAAUUUUGAUGGCUGGAUUUCGAUAAGGUAUGUGUAUUUGUUUAAGUGACGUGUUGUUAUUGUAAAGUUCUUUCCCUGGUUCUGAAUGGAUUUGAUUUACAUCGAUAGCAGAUAGUGUAAUUUUAUACUACAAAUCAAAUAUCGAUUGCUGACUAACACUUGGAACAGCCUAAGUUACUGCUGUGGUCAUAUUUAUAUGUUCUUUUUUGUACCCAAAGCAAUUUCAUGCAUCA